AUGAUGGAUUCCUCUCCGACUUAUUCGUCGCCAAUGCGCUCCGUCCCAAACUAUGUGCCUCACUCUCAGCCUCCCGCGGGGCUGGGGAUCUCUCACUGUGAUAUGGGUCCUUCCGCCGAACAGUCGAGGGUCUAUACUUCCGAACAGUACCCAUCACCGACCACCGACUGGUCUGACCAGAUAAUGCCUCCCGAGUCCGUUCUCGAUGCCGCGAUGGACGUUGGCCCGUUUUCUCCAGCGACCCAGUACGAGCCAUUUGGCGGCUACCCGGAUGUUUCAGCCUCACCCCUCAGUUACUACAGCUCUCAGACUUUGAGUGCAUCGCCAGAAUACGGCGUCCCCAUGGACAUCGCCGGACAUCACGAUAUGAUGCCGAGUCAGAGCUCAGACAUGUGGCCGAACGCGAAUUGCUCUGACGAGGCGUGCAAGAUCAAGGAGGAGCCCAACGAUUUCUGGAACCCGAGUCUUUUCCCCAUCACCAACGCCCCUACGACUCCCGUGAUGGCACCGAUGCCGCAACUCGUGGCCAACAACAAUCGGUUCCCUCAUCCCCAGCAGGCUGGAAGUAUCAACGGUACGCUCGUUGAGCUCGACCCAAACGUCGACCGUCUCUCGGAACGAUCGGUGGCGCAAAGCCAUCCCUACGAGGUAAUCUUGAAGUGGACCAAGAAUAAUGGCGAAGCAUCUAACGAUGACCGAUCCAAGAUCCCGUCUGCCAGCGGUCUUGAGUGUACCACCUGUGGUACUCGCUUCACUCGACGCUCGAACUGCCGUGAACACAUGAAGAAACACGACCCAUCCCGCAGGAAGAUGUACCACUGCGAGACCUGCGAAAGACGCUUUGGGAGGAGGACGGACCUUCGACGGCAUGUGGAUAGCAUCCAUCGUGGCAUCCGGAAAUUCAGCUGCGACGUGUGUGAUCAGAAAUUCAGCCGACAGGACACAUUAACCAGACACCGAUCGGAUUGCGAGCGACGAAAGCGCCGAGCGGCAAAGGCCAAGCGUGACAAGGAGAUUGGCGACGCCCCACAAUCCCCGUCGGCGGCCGCCAGUCCUGAAAUCAAGAUGGAACCCAAUUUCCCGGACAUGUAA